AUGGAACAAAAACAAGAUAAUACCAAUCUAAUGCCAGUUAAUCAUGCAAAUUCAAGUUUACCAGGUGAUUCAAAAUUAAAAUCUGAAUUAACACUUCUUCAAAGAAAAUUUUUUCGUCUUGAACAAAAAGAAAAACGCAUUCAACAACUAUGCCAAGAAUGGACAAAUAAUCAUGAUUAUAAUAAAUUUUAUAAGCUAAUGUCAGCUAUUGCAUUUAGUUCAGGAACAAAAUUAAAAGCAACAUCAACAGUUGCAAAUAAAGAAAAUAAUGUCGAUGUUUAUUUAUUUGGAACUGACGAACAAGAAUAUCUGAAAGAUGUCGAACAAGCAAAUGCCGAUAAACAAAAAUAUUGGGACGAAUAUUAUCGAAAGACUGUAUUAAAACAAAGACGUAGUUCAAUAACUGUUCGCAUGGCGACACAACAACAAUCAUCUGCUAAUUCCAUACCAUUAACACCAAGUACUCUUGGUGUUUCAACAGUAACGGCAAAUGGAUCAAAUCAAAGUAGUCAACAAAUUCAUAAUGGUCCUUCAUUAACUCCUUUUCUGACUGCAAAUUCAACAUCACCUCAAAAGAAAAUAUAUCAAGAAUCUGAAAAUGAUAAUAUUGAUCAAUUGAAUGGAAAUAAUCUUCCUAGAGCAAAUUCAAAACCAACAUGGAAACAAAAUGGUACUAAAAAUGCAACAAAAGCUGAAACAUUUAGUCAUGAAAAAAAUUCAACAAUUUGUACUAUUCAAUAA